AUGAGGCUGCCAUUGCGAUCUCCAUCUUAUAGGCAAGAAAGGAGGCUCAGAGGGCAAGAGUCAGCCAAGGUCACGUGGUUCCACACGGUGGUGCAGGCCGGGCUGACCCCAGUGUCCUCUGGUGAUGAUGCAGACAUUAGUGCUGCACAGAAUUUGCCCCCGCCCCAGGCAAGGCAGCCCCUGCGAGAGCCUCAGGGAGGCACGCUGGUGUGCUCUACGCACUUUCUUACGAAUGAAGCAGUUUUAGUACCUCAAUCUAUGGGCCACAGGAAGAAGGAAGGGCCCUAUCCUGAGAGGGUUUGCCUAGAGCCCAGCAGGAUCCAGUCUGCCGCAGCCCCUGCCUCAAGCCCUGAGGACAGUCCAAGGCCCCAGGCCUCUGCCUACAGUCCCACUGUGGCCACCUCUCCAGCACCUGCAGCCCAUACAUACAGCGAGGCCCCAGCUGCCCCUGCACCCAAGCCCCGGGUUGUCACCACUGCCAGCAUCCGGCCUUCUGUCUACCAGCCAGUGCCUGCAUCUACCUACAGCCCAUCCCCAGGGGCCAAUUACAGUCCAACCCCCUACACUCCCUCCCCUGCCCCCACCUACACCCCCUCCCCUGCCCCCGCCUACUCCCCCUCCCCAGCACCAGCCUAUACCCCCUCGCCAGCCCCAAGCUAUAAUCCUGCACCCUACAGUGGGGGCCCUGCGGAGUCUGCCAGCCGUCCCCCAUGGGUGACAGACGACAGCUUCUCUCAGAAGUUUGCCCCUGGCAAGAGCACCACCACUAUCAGCAAGCAAGGCCUGCCCCGAGGGACCCCUGCGUACAACCCGCCACCGGCUCCGCAGGUGUCCCCCCUUGCCAAGGGUACCGUCCAGAGGGCCGAGCGCUUCCCAGCCAGCAGCCGGACUCCGCUCUGUGGCCACUGCAACAGCAUCAUCCGGGGCCCCUUUCUGGUAGCCAUGGGCCGCUCCUGGCACCCAGAAGAGUUCAACUGUGCCUACUGCAAGACCUCCCUGGCAGACGUGUGCUUUGUGGAGGAGCAGAACAACGUUUACUGUGAGCGGUGUUAUGAGCAGUUCUUUGCCCCGGUCUGUGCCAAGUGCAACACCAAAAUCAUGGGGGAAGUGAUGCAUGCCUUGAGACAGACGUGGCACACCACCUGCUUUGUCUGUGCAGCCUGCAAGAAGCCCUUCGGGAACAGCCUCUUCCACAUGGAAGAUGGGGAGCCCUACUGUGAGAAAGACUACAUCAACCUGUUCAGCACCAAGUGUCAUGGUUGCGAUUUCCCCGUGGAGGCCGGUGACAAGUUUAUCGAAGCCCUGGGGCAUACCUGGCACGACACCUGCUUCAUUUGCGCAGUCUGCCACGUGAAUCUGGAGGGGCAGCCAUUCUACUCCAAGAAGGACAAACCCUUGUGCAAGAAGCAUGCACACGCCAUCAAUGUGUAGGGAGCCCAGGGCGUCUGCUGGCAACGAAGGAUUCAAGGAGGCUGAUGUUUCUUUUUGGGGGGAAAAGGGAGAAGACAGGAAGUGACUGAGCCCUUUUGAAGUAUAAUUUUAGUCCUUUCUUCUGCACACAGAUUGUGUAUUUGCAUAGUUCAGACUAGAAGCCAAAUGAAGAUUCCUGAACCAAGCUAGUAAUUAAUCCAAGACUGGAAUUGUACUCCAAACACUGAGGACAGAAUUCCAAGAACUCAAAAGUGAAAAAGAAAAAGUAACUUUCCCCACGCGAUACACUUCCCUGAGGUCACCAGAGCAGGGACAGAGCUCAGAGCAGUUAUGGAGAAUCUGAAGCAUUCUGCGGAGUUCUUUAGAGCUCCUCCAGCAAACAAAAUGAAGUGCCAAACAGCCCUCGCUGCAGGGUAUUUUUAGAGCCAUGGCUGAGCGCUUGUUAGCUAAGACCGAUUGGGCUUUCCUCACCAAAAAAGGAAGUGUUAUUCCAUUACUCACGUCAUGGAGCUACCUCUGCGCAUCAGACUUCAGACCUUGCACAGGCUUGAACAUUCUCAAGGGAGCCCAGACAUUGGAGGGAUGUCUUCUGGGAGCCUCUGGGCAAUCGACAGGGCUUCAGGAAAGGGUCGGGCUCAUUCCAUAGACAGCUGAAGAAAGAAGGGCUCUUCAGCCACCCUCUUUCAGUCUGGAACAUCCAAUGUCCCCAGAAAGCUUAGCUUCUUUUUGAGUUGUGGUGGGAAGGUGGAAUUGGGUUUUUCCAGUUUUGCUUUGCUGUUUGUGAGAGGAGAUUUUAAAACGACUCUGGGCUGUGUUUGGCCUCUGUUUGGCUUGACGAGGUUCAUUAGCAUGAACGUCUAGUCUUGUGCAUGUGUUUCAUUCCCAAUACUAUGACUGCUCACUGCUGAAGUCUUCCUCAGCACCCCUCCCCCCAACAGGCUUAGUGACCUGUGGAAAAGAAGAGAGAGACAGUGUCUGAAACAGGAUGGCAGAAGAGGCUGAGAACAUGCCCAAACUCUGGGUGGGGAAGAGGAACCUUCCUUUCUGCCAACCUCAGUAAGAACGCACGAGCUGGCAGGACCUCCCACUUCAGAGCUGCUCCAUCCUUCUCGUAUCUUCCUUUAAACGCAGUACACUGAUUAUAUACAAUUGUGUUGACUGCUGGAAGGGAAAGAUGAUAUAUGAUAUAUACACGUUUGCCAUUUUGGCCAAUAUUUUGAAAAAGUAUGAGCUGAGUUGAUAUAGCAAUUAUUUAAGCAUUUAUUGAAAUAGACUUGGGUCUUCAAACUUCCUUAAAGUAUUAGUGGUAGUUUGAGUUAAGUAAGCAUUUUAAAGCUGUUUGGUGAUAAAGAGAGAAGCUUCGUUUUUGAGGUUGGAAGUGGUAUAGUCUCUUUCCCUUUUGGGAAGCGCUGUUAUUAUGCUCAUUGAACAUGGCCUUGAAGCAGGUGGUUUGAGUGGAUGUUUCUCACUUGAGCACAAUAUUUAGGCUCUCUUCCAAAUCAUUGCUACUCUCUCCUCACUCCUGUUCUGGAUUUUCUCUUUGCAUGUUUGAAAUGUUUUAUGAGAAUGCAUUAGAAUACUUUUUCUUCUGAGAACUGAGGCUUCCAGGGAACUGCCUUUCUACCUGAGGGAGAAGGAAGCAGUUAGAUGUGUCUCUAACAAAAGGCCCGAGGUUUUUUUUCCAAGGGUGAAGUCACCAACAUCCCCCAGGGAGCACCAGGAGGGACAUAAGCGUGCUCCUACCACAGGACCCUUCUUUACUUCUGGUGCAGGGAAAAAGUCAGUAUAAAGCACCAGGCAGAGUAAAAUCUGCAGGGAGUGCCUGGAGAUUUUUCAAGAGUUGCAAACAAGCAUUCUUUUAUUUUUGGAAAGUUCAAAUACACAGGAACAAGGAGGUUGCUGACUAUACAGAAAGGCUCUAGGCAGAUUUUCUCUUAAAAAAACAAAAAAAAACAAAAAAAAACCCCCACAACUUUUAAAUUAUCAGGGAAUGGUCUCAAGGAAAGGGAAAAAAUUUCCCUAGAGUUGUUUCCAAAAAUAUCAUUUAAAAGAUUUUACACAUACACACACACAAGUGUGCCCAUUAAAACGUGUAUGAUCAUGAAAAAGAAAAGUAAAAUCUCAAAGGAGAACUUCAUCAUAGUCAUUUAUUGAAUUGGUUUUUCUGCAUUUCAGAGCUAGUAUAGAUUCUGAGGGACUCUUUUAUUUACCAAAACACAAAAUCAACAACAACAGCAACAAACAUUUUAAAGGUAGCUGGAAAAGGAGGUAGUUCUGAAUAUGGUUCCCCCGAUGUUUGUAAGUUUGGCGUAGUGUUGGGUUAAGGUUGUGUCAUUUCAAGUUAACAUCGUGGAUGUCCUACAACACCAAACACAAUUUUUAAUAGUUCAUGGUGGGGAGUACACUUUGGAUCUACAGUUCUUGUCUCCUCAUUGUUGACAUUUAUUUAACAUUUAUAAACAUUAACUUUUUGCAACUGAGUCACUUAUGUCUGCAGUGUUUGUGUUAGGAAUCUAGCUUUUAUAAUGUUAACUUUUCAACCCAAGUACUCUUGCUUUGGGAUAGUUUUUUAAAAUUUUAACAUUUCAGAAGUGGAAUAUAGUGUGUUAGAAGUGUGUGCAAAAAUAUUUUGCAUGGUUUUUUUUUUUGGCGUGUGAAUUCUUUUUAGCAAAAUAAAACCCUAAAACGGAUGUGCAAAUACA